AUGGAUAUGCUAUACGAGGCACGUAUUCUUGAUGUCCAGCAAACUAGCGAUGGACAGCGUUGGCGAUUUCGCAUCCACUACAAGGGCUGGAAAAACACAUGGGACGAUUGGGUACCCCAAGACCGCGUCCGAAAAUUUAACGAUGAAAACCGCGAGCUAGCUGCCCAGCUGCGAAACCAAGCCCGUCUGCUGCAACAGCAAAAGAACGCCAGCAAGGUGCCGAAAAAGACAACGUCUGGACGACUGAGUGCCGUUGGCCCCUCAGGAACAAUAUUGGGUGCCACAGGGCUGUCUUCAGUCGCUACGACAGGUGGUUCCGGGCUCGGGAGUGUCACGCCAGGCGACCGGCCUGGACGAGAGUACCACGCACACGCCCAUCACCAUAAUCACCACACCAACAAUGGCCGUGAAUCGGAGCUUGCAUCAGCUCGUGGAAGUGAAGAGCGGACUGGCGGAGGAUCUUUGGCGCAUGCCCGUGGUCCACGACGACAGAGGGACUACGACCUCGAGCACGAAGAUGGGUUUCAUAAUCGACCGUCAAUUCGACUGGCAAUGCCUGACCACCUGAAGGCGGCAUUGGUAGAUGACUGGGAGAAUGUCACGAAAAACCAGCAAUUAGUUCCGUUACCACACCAUGUACCUGCCGAGUCCGUGUUGGAUGACUACCUGUCCUUUGAGAGGUCGCAUCGGGAGGAGGGCUCUGCAAGUUUAGACAUUUUGGAGGAGACGGUUGCCGGCUUGCGUGAAUAUUUUGACAAGUGCCUGGGUCGUAUAUUGCUCUACCGUUUUGAGCGCCCCCAAUAUAUUGAAAUGCACGCAUUGUGGGAAUCCGGUGGCAAGCACAAGUCACCCCUGGACACAUACUUUGUCAAUGAGUAUGAGACACCAAAUCAGCAGUACGUGGAUAAAGUCCGGAGCGCGUAG